AUGCUUGCAAAUGUGCACCUUGACCACACUGAUGUAAAAUUAAAGCUUGAUGGUAUCGAGGAAUAUCUAGAUGCUCAAUUCAAUGCAGUUACAAAUCAGUUUGGUUCGGUUAACAACCAACUUCACGGUUUAACUCGUAAGGUGGACGAAUGUAAUUGA